AUUGGAACCGACAAUGUGGAGGCUGUUAAAAUGUCUACUUGGAAAAUGAAAUUGUUACAAUUUCGCCAACAUUAGGGAAACGGAGUUAGACGAGAGUUAUGGUCCGUGUUAGAGACGUGUUUUCGGUUUCGUGACGAAGACGACAACGAGACGAGGCGGGCGCAGGAGAGGUUCAUAUUGUCUUUCCUCAUCUUCAUCAAGCCCACAGACCGGACCACGGGGGGAAGGAUCCUAUCCCUAACUUUGUUUUUCUCUCUACUCCAGUCGUUCAUUUCUCUGUGUUGGAUGCUACAUUAUUCAAUCCAGCCGCUUGCUGAGACUGAAAGGGCCAAGUGAACAGCAGCAGAGAAUGGCUACAGUGGGAACAGACAAGGAGCUCAGCGACUUGCUGGAUUUUAGCGCGAUGUUUGAGCCUCCAGUUUCAAACGGCAAGAAUCAGCCGACUACUCUCGCCAGCAGUCGCUUUUCAGGUAUAGAUGAGAGGAGUGGGUCCAGUUCCUGGGGGCCAGGAGAGCAGAACAGUCCAUCUUUCAGCCAGGGAAGGGGUUAUGGAGAAGAAAGUAUUUACAGUGAGCAGGAGGGCAUUGCCUCUUCCCCGUCAUUUGGAUCAGGGAUUGUUGGGAAGGGUGAGCGAGGACCGUACUCCUCAUUUGCAGGACAGCCGGGCUUUAUGCCCAGUGACAUACCCAUAUCCAGUCCCAAUGCCCUUUCCCCGUCUGGUCUGAAGUCCAACUCCCAGUUUUAUUCCUCCUAUGAGGGGAGCAAUGCUCGCAGGCGACCCUCCCAGGACCCCAUUGAAUCACAGCCAAAAAAGAUCAGGAAGGUGCCCCCCGGCCUGCCCUCCUCAGUUUAUGCAUCAGCCUCAGGAGAGGAUUUUAACAGGGACAAUGCUGGCUACCCAGCCUCUAAGGCAGGAAACGUCUACCCACCACCAUUCUACAUGCAAGAAGGCCUCCACCCACCCUCCGAUCCGUGGGGCUCUGCUGGGUCGAUGGUUCAGCCUGGUUACUCUGCCAUGCCGGGAAACACCCCCCAUCUGAGCCAGCAUGGGCCCUUCACUGCCAUCAACCCACAAGACAGACUGAAACGGCAGCCGCUUCCCCUCUCUCCCCAAAAUUACCCCCUGCAUGGCAGCGAGGUGAAUGGGGCUCAUCCCGCUGGCUUCCAUGCUGGGUCCAGCAGCUUCGGCGUCCCUAGCCACACACCGCCUAUUGCUGGCACUGACACCAUUAUGGCCAAUCGCGGAGCAGUUCCUGGAAGUUCAGGUGAUGAGAUUGGCAAAGCCCUGGCAUCUAUCUAUCCUUCAGACCCGAACAGUAAUGGCUACUCUCCGUCCCCAUCUACUCCCUCCGGCUCUCCUCAGGCUGUGUCAGGCUCUGCAUCCCAGUGGACUCGGUCCUCUGGCCAGGCCACACCUUCACCUAACUUUCAAGGUGGAAUUCAAUCCAUGUCUAAUAAACUGGAGGAUCGUCUGGAUGAAGCCAUCAAUGUUCUUCAGCGUCACGCCAGCGGACAAGGAGUGCCAGGACUGGCUGAAAUGCACAGCCUGCUGUCGUCUGGCUUAGGGUUACCUCCGGCUUUUAGCAGUGCAGCACUUGGACUUGCCAGUCGUCUGCCUGGACUGCUGUCCGGUCACCAUGAAGACUCUGCUGGUCUGCCCUCUAGUGGAGGACUUUUGCAUGGUCACCACGGCUCCACAUCUGUCCAGCCAGGCUCUCAGCCUGAAGGUUUUACCAGCCUGCCUGGUCUAAAUCGUUCCAGUGGUAAUGAUAUCAAACGAGAGAAGAAGGAGGACGACGAAAACUGCUCCAUUACUGACAAGUCAGAGGAUGAGAACAAAGACUCGAAUGCCCACCUUGGAUCAAGUCUGGAUGAUAAUGAUGAUGAUGAUGAGGAUCUGCCAGUGGAGAUUAAGGCUGGGCGGGAGAAAGUGCGGAGGUUGGCAAACAACGCCCGCGAACGGCUCCGUGUGCGGGACAUCAACGAGGCUUUUAAGGAGCUGGGCCGUAUGUGUCAGGUCCAUCUGAGCUAUGAAAAACCGCAGACCAAAUUGAGCGUACUGCAACAGGCCGUUAACGUUAUACUCAACCUGGAGCAGCAAGUUCGAGAGCGUAAUUUGAACCCAAAGGCUGCAUGCCUCAAGAGAAGAGAAGAGGAGAAAGUGUCGGGUGUGGACCCCCAGAUGCAGCUCAGUGGGGGUCACCCAGGUCUAGGAGGCGAUGGACACAACUCUGUGAGCCAUAUGUAAUUCUCAGUUCCUGAUGAUUGUACAGCCCUUAGAACACGUGGCCUUAAUCUAUCAUUGUCAUGCAUCUCAGUGUGUGUUAAUCAACUUUUGGAAAGCACACACCUCAUUACUGACAAAGGAGGUGGCCACAUUCCUGACGAUGAAUAUAAGAGUAACAAGCACACUGAUACAAAAGAUUUCUGAAUCUUUACAUGACAUCACUUUGAACCGAGGACGCUGGUUUGGAGUCGGUGGCAAUUGGACAUAAGGACAUUCUUAUGAUCAUGUUUUUGUAAGACAUUUAAAAAAAAAAAAGUUGCUUUACACGUUGGGAGCAAAACUUGUUUGGAUCAAAUAAAACUUGCGGAUCAAUUGCUCAUGUGAGCAAAGUUAGGAUUUGUAUUAUUGGAUAAUGAUUUGGCAUUCCCAUCUGAAAAGGAGGUCUUACAUUCUUCACAAGCAAAGAGGGACACUCGGGUUUGAAUGGCAUGUGUGUCUGAAACAGGCCUAAUGUGUAGUGUUUGGUAAGAUUUAAAAAAUGGCCAUUAUUACUAUCUUCUUUAGUGGUUACUGAACAACAUCCAGCCAUGCUAGCAGCAUUUAAAAGACUGACCGGGCAAUCAGAGAGCUGACUCCUCUUUUUGAUAUGCUGGUAAUUCUGGGUGUAUUUUAUAAUUUUCUUACUUUGGCUGAAAGGGUAACACGGUCAGUUUUUUUCUUUUUAACUGUGGAUCCCUGAGUCUUGUCUCUAAGUCCUGUACAUCUGUUAUUGUCACUGCCAUGCAAGUGGAAUGGAAAAGACUGCUGGAGGAAGACCCGCCACUGACAUAAACACGAGCACUCAUUACCAACACAGGAUCCACAAUGAUGUUGAAUAACAUCUGCACACGGAUACCCCAACCAUCCCUCUGUGAGGCUGUCGACUCGAGCACACAGACGUCAAAGUUGUUCGUUCUCAGCCUCAGUCACGUGUUCAGUAUAAUGCAGCCACUGUUAAAGCACAGUGAGCUUACUUAACGUCAUUGUGGUAAAUUACAUUUUGCUAGAAGACGGAAAUAACGGAGUAUUGAAAUGGAGCGAGUGUUAAUGCUACUCAAUUGCCAUUAACUGACGUAUUUUGGUUGUUGAGAAUUUGGUGUUUUUGUGUUGAUUUUUUUCCCUUUUUGAAAAAUUGAAAAGCCUGUUGUAAGGAUCUUCCUUUUUUGUAGAAUUGAUUUGUCAUUGUUUUUUUAUUUUAUUUUUUACUUUGUAAGAUAGUUGUAUGAGUUAGUUUUGUUUCCAUUUGGAAUGCUCUUUCUUUUUUCGUUUACAUUGUUUAAAUGUAAGACAGCGCUCAAUUUAGAUUCCAGGAACAAAGUGAGGUGUUUUCUGUUGUGCCGGGUGCUUGGAAAUGUUAGUAAUGACAAACAGCCUGGCUGUAACAUCACAUGUUGUGAUAUUGCCCCCUUUUUUUUCUUUUUCUUUUUUUUCUAAUUACAAAAAACAAAAUCUGUUUGAACAUAAACCUGUCAGGCCAGUUGUAAUUGGAUUGUUCUGGUGUUUGCCACAGUUUUUCUUAUAAUGAAACAAUGUUAUUUCUUCAGCGCACCCCCCCCCCCCCCCCCCCUCUCCCUGAUAUCUUGCUCUCUGAUGAGCUUGUUGAUUAGUUUGAGGUUGGGACAUUUAGGGGUGGUCUGCACAAUCUGCAACAUAAUUCAGUUUCAUUAUGAUAUAAAGCAUAAAAUGAAUCAAAAAGGGUGGCCUUAGUCAUUUUCCUGACUUUGGGAGUUUUGAUAAUGGUUACUCACCAGUGCCUGAAUACUUCUCUGCUACUUGGUGGAUGAUGUUGUAUUUGAGGAUUUAUAGGUUGUACCUUUUUAUAAUACAGACAUAUACACAAAUAUAUACUUCAGUAACAUCUGACAGUGUCUCAAAACAUUUGGAUGAAGAAUUACAUUGAUUGACUGCUUCAGUGUGUUAUUACAUGUAAGCUGACUAAUAACCUGGUCUACAACUUUGACACUGAAAUCUACUUAAUACUUUUUUAUUUACUGAUUUUUUUUUUUUUUUUUUUUUUUAAAUAUAUUUUUGUCCUUGACUGGCAUGUGCAUUGAUAUGUAUGUACAGCUGUAUCAUAUGUCCUUAUCAGCUGAUAAGUAACAGUAUUUGGUUUACCUUGCCCCAUGGACAAGCCCCAAACAUUAUUUUCUUUGUCAGUUAUCUUUUGCCAG